AUGGGUGAUAUGCAGAGGCGCGUGAUCGGUUGGUGGCCGAUCGACGCAAGAAUGUGCAAGUUUAGGAUCAAGGGCCGUUUCUUCAACUUUAGCAUAAUCAACGUGCACAACCCUCACUUCGGAAACAUUGAUGAUGACAAAGACGCAUUUUACGCGCAGCUCGAACGUGAGUACGACUGUUGCCCAAGCAACGACGUCAAGAUCAUCAUAGGAGAUCUAAACGUUCAGGUAGGCCAGGAGGAGGAAUUGAGAUCGACGAUUGGAAAGUUCAGCACCCACCAGCUGACAAACGAAAACGGCUUACGACUCAUCGAUUUUGGCGCCUUCAAGAACAUGGCCAUUCGUAGCACCUUCUUCCAACAUAGCCUCCUUUAUCGUUACAUCCGGAGAUCACCACCGCAGACGGAAUCGCAAAUCGACCACGUUCUGAUUAAUGGAAGGCACUUCUUCGACAUUAUCGACGUCAGGACCUAUCGCGGCGCUAACGUCGACUCUGACCAUUAUCUGGUGAUGGUGAAACUGCGCCUAAAACUCUCCGUCAUCAACAAUGCACGGUACCAACUACCGCCACGGUACAACAUAGAGCGUUUAAAGAAACCGGAUGUGGCCUCAGCAUACGCGCAGAAUCUUGAGGCUGCGUUGCCAGACGAGGGCGAGCUCGAUGUGGCAGCAGUAUUGCUGGAGUACAGUAAAAGCAGCCAUAAACAACGCAGCCGAGUGCACCGUCGGGUACGUGGAACGAAGUCGACAGAACGAAUGGUUCGACGAAGAGUGCAGAGUGAUUUUGGAGGAGAAGAACGCAGCGCGGGCGGUAAUGCUGCAGCAUGGAACCCGGCAGAACGUGGAACGAUACAACCAGAAGUAGACCCGCAUUUUUCGGGAGAAAAACGCCACCUGGAAGAAGCGGAGUGCGAGGAAAUGGAACUGCUGUACCGCUCUCAAGAAACACGGAAAUUCUACAAGAAGCUCAACAAAUCCCGCAACGACCCUGUGCCGCGAGCCGAAAUGUGCAGGGAUAAGGACGGGAGCCUCUUAACGGAUGAACGGGAGGUGAUUAAAAUGUGGAAGCAGCACUUCGAUAAGCACCUGAACGACCCGGAGAACGUAGACAUGGGGGUUCAAGAUGACGGAGGAAACGACUACGUCAGUGCAGCAGGAGACGGAAAUGAUCCUGCUCCCACACUGAGGGAAGUUAAGGAUGCCAUGCACCAGCUCAAAACCAACAAAGCAGCUGGUAAGGAUGGCAUCGCAGCUGAACUCAUCAAGAUGGGCCCAGAAAAGUUGGCUACGUGUUUGCACCGAUCAAUAGUCAGAAUCUGGGAAACCGAACAGCUACCGGAGGAGUGGAAGGAGGGGGUAAUUUGCCCCAUUCACAAGAAAGGCGACCAUUUGGAAUGCGAGAACUUCCGAGCGAUCGCAAUUCUGAAUGCCGCCUACAAAGUGCUAUCCCAGAUCAUCUUCCUUCGUCUAUCACCUAAAACGAAUGAGUUCGUGCGAAGUCAUCAAGCCGGCUUCGUCGAUGGCCGAUCGACAACGGACCAGAUCUUCACCGUGCGGCAAAUCUUCCAAAAAUACCGUGAAUACCAGGUCCAGGUGCGUUGGGACGUUGUGAAUGGGGCAAAUUACCCCCUGUUCAUCGACUUCAAGGUGGCAUACGAUAGUAUCGAUCGCAUAGAGCUAUGGAAAAUUAUGGACGAAAACGGCUUUCCUGGGAAGCUGACUAGAAUGAUCAAAGCGACGAUGUGCAGAACUGCGUAA